UCCAUCGAUACCUCAUCGCAUCGCCAUUGCCGCCAUCGAUCGCGCGUCGUCUAUCAAACCUUUACCCCUAAUCCAUCGACCAUCGUCGAGCCCGAACCACGACCGACACAGCGACGUGCUUCCUUGACCAAGCCAUCGCAACUCACAAUCCAUAACCUAAUCUAACGACGAAGCCUACGAUUCGCUCUGAAACACGGCCACAACAAAACCUCGGGGACAUUUCAAACACCGCCACCAUGAAGCUCUACUACAUUGGUAUCUACAAAAACACCGAGCAGCCUGCGGUGCAGCUCUGCGGUGCCCACGAGCUUAGCGACUUCUCCAGGUUCACACGAGACCAAUACAAGAACUUCAUGACCAUGAUCAGCAGGACUGUCGCAGAGAGGACGAAGCCUGGCCAGAGGCAAAGUGUUGAGGAGCAAGAUUAUAUUAUCCACGCCUAUGCCCGCUCCGAGGGUGUUUGCGGUGUCGUCAUCACCAAGGACUACCCUCCUAUCGCCGCCCACAGUGUCCUUUCCAAGCUCAUGGACCAGUUUCUCUCGGAGAAGCCGGUUGCCACGAUAAACGCCGCCAAGAACGACGGCGACAUCCCUUUCCCGGCCAUUGAGCAGUACCUCCGCGACUACCAAGAUGCCAACAACGCGAGCAGCAUUGCAAAGAUCCAGCAGGAGCUCGACGAGACCAAGAUCGUCCUACACAAGGCUAUUGAUAGCGUUUUGCAACGAGGCGAGAAGCUCGACGACCUGGUUGCCAAGAGUUCCGAUUUGAGUGCGCAGAGCAAGAUGUUCUACCAGAGUGCGAAGAAGCAGAACUCGUGCUGCCUGGUUAUGUAAAGAUCGUUCAUCAAUACCAACCAACCGCCCGCGACUGUCUUCGCUUUUAGUCAGCCGCACUGAUAUAUGCCAUCGACCGCAACGUUCCCUUCUAUCAAAAUACACAG